GUGCAUAGCCCGCCGCUGAAGCAGGACAGCUGGCCCGGCUCCCUCCCAGCAUGAACCCCUCAAACCUUCACCUCACACAGGAAAAAGGGCUUCUGGGUCCUUUCAUAGAAGCGACCCCACUCUCCCUGGGCUUUUCUGCAGCUGCUGGAGAGAGAGAUACAGAAUGAAUGGACUUCAGGUUUCCGAAGAAAGCAGGCGAAGAAAGGUUGAAAACUAACUCUGCCAGCAACUGCUGUGUUUGGGAUGGUUCUUCGCUUCUCCUUCAUCUCCACCACAAACCCGUCUCUUCCCAGGGCAUCAAGACAUGCGCUCCCCUUGCCCGGCAGGGAAACAGCUGGAAACGGGCUCCCUGAGAAGGGCUGCUCCUUGUUCUCUGGCCAUACGUUGUAAACGAAGCAAUCACGCAGAAUAGCAGAAUAUCGUGUGGUGAGCAAGUGUAAAAUGCAUAGGCUGUGAUUCAACUCUCCACCGGCUGCUGGAAUCCGACUGGCUCUGAAAUUGAGAGGAACUUUUAUUUCCAUUCAGCUGCUGAGUUUUUCCCUUGAUUGGAGUGCAUCUUGGAAUGACGUCUUCGGCGAUACCCAGAGACAGGGGUCUGCACGCCGGACACCGUCACUUCCGGUCCUGCAGCCCUUGGAGUCAGCUCUUUCCCGGCCCUGUGGAGCCACCAUCCAUCAAGGGCAUUUACUACCCCCGCCGGGCCCGGAAGGUGGGCGCGCUGGAUGCCUCCCCGUCGGGGGACCUGAAGAAGGAGAUGCUGGUCAACGUGGGGGGCAGGAGGUACCUCCUUCCCUGGAGCACGCUGGACGAGUUCCCGCUGAGCCGCCUGAGCAAACUCCGCUUCUGCCGGAGCCACGAGGAGAUCGCGCAGCUCUGCGACGAUUACGACGAGGACAACCAGGAGUUCUUCUUCGAUCGGAGCCCCAGCGCUUUCGGGGUGAUCGUGAGCUUCCUGGCGGCCGGCAAGCUGGUCCUCCUCCGGGAGAUGUGCGUGCUGUCCUUCCAGGAGGAGCUGACCUACUGGGGGAUCGAAGAGGCCAACCUGGAGAAGUGCUGCCUGCGGACCCUGCUGCGGAAGCUGGACGAGCGGGCGGAGCUGCGCAGGGAGGAGGCGGUGCAGCGGCAGAGGGAGGCCAGCCGCCCGGCCGUGCGCACGUCCCGCUGGGGCCUCUUCAUGCACCAGCUGCGGGAGAUGGUGGAAAACCCGCAGUCGGGGCUCCCUGGGAAGGUCUUUGCGUGUCUGUCCAUCCUCUUCGUGGCCACCACGGCCGUCAGCCUGUGUGUCAGCACCAUGCCGGACCUGAGGGCGGAGGAGGACAAGGGGGAGUGCUCGCAGAAGUGCUACUACAUUUUCGUCGUGGAGACCAUCUGCGUGGCCUGGUUUUCCCUGGAGUUCUGCCUGCGCUUUGUCCAGGCCCGGGACAAGUGCCAGUUCUUCCAAGGGCCCCUGAACAUCAUCGACAUCCUGGCCAUCUUCCCCUACUACGUGUCCCUCGCCGUGUCCGACGAGCCGCAGGAGGAUGGCGAGAGGCCGGGCGGGAGCUCCUACCUGGAGAAGGUGGGGCUGGCGCUGCGCGUGCUGCGCGCCCUGCGCAUCCUCUAUGUCAUGCGCCUCGCCCGCCACUCGCUAGGGCUGCAGACGCUGGGUCUCACCGUGCGCCGCUGCACGCGCGAGUUCGGCCUGCUCCUCCUCUUCCUCUGCGUGGCCAUCACCCUCUUCUCCCCGCUGGUGUACGUGGCGGAGAAUGAGUCGGGGCGGGUCCUGGAGUUCACCAGCAUCCCCGCCUCCUAUUGGUGGGCCGUCAUCUCCAUGACGACCGUGGGCUACGGAGACAUGGUCCCCAGCAGCGUGCCGGGCCAGAUGGUGGCCCUCAGCAGCAUCCUGAGCGGAAUCCUCAUCAUGGCCUUCCCGGCCACGUCCAUCUUUCACACUUUCUCGCACUCCUACCUGGAGCUCAAGAAGGAGCAGGAGCAGCUGCAGGCUCGCCUCCGCCGCCUGCAAAGCGCCACCGCGGCCAGUGAACACGAACGCCUGAACGACCUCAGCGACCUGAUCCUGGAGCGCCCUGCCUUGCCCAUCGCGUACAUUUAACUCAGAAUCCCCUCUGAAUAUGCCAGAACGUCAACCCGCCGCCCUCGGCUGACGUGAGCUCUCGAAGCUACGAGGGGGCUCGAGGCCAAAGCUGCUUGGCCGGGUGAUUCUUUGACCCUUCUGGCCCCCGCGGUCCCGGCUGACCUUAUCCAUGUCACGUGUCAUCGCCUCUCUCCCUGCUCCUCAUGGAGCACAUCCACGUUGGCUGGGUUAGGUCUGUCUCCCUCUCAUCUCAUUUCCUUCCCAGAAGAGUCUUCAACAUCCCAGGCUGGGUUCCAGAUGCCCACAGAACCGAGCCUUUUUCCUGGACCAGCCCAUCGCCAGGAACUAGAGGGUCCAGUCACGGCAAGCCCUUCUGAUUAGAUCUUCCCUUCCAGUCCUUCGGUGGGUUCCAGCCGGGGUCUCCCGCUGCUCACACCAUGGGUGGCAUUUUCCUAAAACAGCUCUGGAAGC